GUGUGGCCAGAGUAUACGAAAGUCGAAAGUGUAAAAAACAGCUGUUCCUUAAACAGCAAUUUAUUUAUUUACAAAGAGCAAAACCCGGGCUACGAAACAAAACAAAAAAUAAACCUAAAAUGGGUGCUCCUGAAUUACCUGGUGAUCCCGGAGAGGAUGAUGUACACGGGACCCAACUAAACGUACACCAUCCACCAGUGCCUAGCGAUGAUAGCGAUAAUGAAAUUAACUCCACAGACGCAUAUGAUGGUUACCAGCCAUUGGCCAUGGUCGAAGAUGUCAACGACACAGCGAUGGAUGAUAAUGAAUCAAUAGAGGACAACUCUGAAGAUACAAUACAAUAUGCUGACAGUGAUAGUGCUUGUGGAAAUGGUGAAGCUGGAAAUUUGCCGCCGGUGGAGAGUGCCGAUGCAGAAAUCGAAAGACAAGUGUGGAGUGAACCACGACCGAAGGAGUUGCAAUUGGAAUUAGACAACUCAAAAACGACACAGAUAUUGAAUGUCAUGGCGAAUAUUACUCUACCGAACGCGGUGGUGCCCGAUUGGGCUGCAGGAGUGCCGGAAGAACGUUGGAAAGCUGAACUGUUGGAACGCAUACGUCAACGUGAUGAAUCAUGUAAUGUAGUUAAUCAGCAAAAAAGUACUUAAAUACCAUAGCAUAGUGUUUUAGAAAUUCGUGGCGAUAACACUGGUUGAUAGAAGAAAUGUGCAAUGUAUGCUACUUUCAAAUUCCUAUAUAGAAUUGCUCGCUGAUUCCAAAAAUCUAGUUAGUUUUUUAUUCUAUGGAUAAGUUCUGGAGAUAUUUUCAAUUUACCGUUAUUCAACUUAAAACAAAAAGUGGUUCCAUUUUGGGCCAGUUUUUCAAUGCACGGCCAUGGUUUAAACUCAGUUUAAACUCCCGAUCUGGCUGGUUGAAACUAAGAUCGGCCAAUCAAGUGCCAGCCAGCUAUUCAAUUUAAACUCAGUUUACUUAAUCUAAGUUUAACCUAACACUGAAAAACUGGUCCUUAAAUACCUUUAUCUUUCGAACGAGUUUAACAUUUUAUUAUGAAAUACGGCAAAUGAAAGCUAAGAAAAUUCUUCAUACACCGUAUGUCGCCUGGGUAAAAGAUUUUCGUAAGCGCAAUUUUGACGAUUUUUAGUUCUAAAUGCAGUUAUAUAUUUUGAAAUAAGGUCUUUCGAUUGGUGUU